UGAUAAUGAGUAGCGGGGUCGGGUCUGAGUGUGUAAAUCAGGAAGCAGGAAGCCAUUAGCCCGGGUCACAGGACAGCACAAGUUACUUAUUCUUCCAUAACCACUUCUUUGAAACACGUUACAUGACCUCAGACAGUAUAAUGACUCUAAAGGACUCAAGGGACAUUCAACAAAAUUUAAUGUCACCACAUGGACACCUUGGUUUUAGUCUUUGUGUGCUCCGUUCAACCAUUUAAUUUCACUUUCAUGUUAGGCAAUAGAGUAAGUUUAAGGAUGUCCUCUAUCUCCUAUUUAGAUACACAACUUUUAAUGAUAAGCCGUAUUAUUUUUAAAUUACCUUAUGUUUUUCAUUACAGUCCCACUGAUUAAAUACAUGUAAAGGAAAGGGUCUGCAAGUGUUGAGGUCCUUGGCUGUAUGGCCACAUCAUUCAUCCCAGGGAUCAAUAACAGGAUGUCACAUUAAAGCUGAGCCCCAUGCUGUUGUGUGUCCUUGCAUCCCACUCUUUUCUCGUUUUAUGAGCCAUUGUCUUCCUAAAUCCCUCUCAUGUUCAUUUGUUUCUUUCCAUCUGUCCUAUCCCACGUGUAUCAGCCUCAGAGCAUCUUAUCCUGCUCCCUCCCACUCUCUGCAUCGUCCUCUCUUGCAGUCGUACGGACUUCACCGCAUCUCUUUGUCAGCUUUAUUUUGUUAUCUCCUCUCUGUACUGUUAUGUCACAGUUAUCUUUGCGUUCCAUUUAAACCUGGCAGCUCAUCACCUCACGAAACCUCCCCAAAGCACCUGUUCUUCCCUCUUGGCUCAAUCUGUGACUGCAUUGAUUCCCUCUGUCCCGUUUGACUUAGUUCCACGUGCAGUCUCUCCCUUCUGCUCUCUCUUUGCUUUACCUUCUCUCCCCCCUCCCUGUGUCUCUAACCGCCCCCCUGCCUCCCCCUUCUCUUGUGUGGCCAUGCUGGAGAGUAUGUCCCGUCGCUCCCGCUCCCUGCUCUCCCUGACCUUGACCACUCUGGCUCUGGCCCUCUCCAUCCUGGCUCUCUGCACCUCCUACUGGUGUGAGGGCACUCACAAGGUGGUCAAGCCUCUCUGCCUGUCGCCUGUCAAAAUGAAGAACUGUGGUCAGAACAACAGUGAGCCUUACACCACAGAGAGUCCCACUCAGAACCCCUUCAAUCGCACACUGUCUCCAGCCAGGAGAGAGGAGCUGGCCAAGAUCAGACAGAGGCAGCUGGCCAACGCAGUGCACUACAUCUGGGAGACGGGCGAAGACAAGUUUGCUUUCAGAUACUUCCACACUGGCUUCUGGGAAAGCUGUGAGAAACACAGCGAUGGGGAGAAAUGUCGCAGCUUCAUAGAGUUAACUCCCGGGGAAACGCAAGGCGUGCUCUGGCUGUCAGUGAUUUCAGAGUUUACAUACAUCGGCCUGCUGGGGAUGGGCUUCCUACUGAUGUGGCUGGAGGUUUUGUGUUCUCAUAAAGAGAUGCACUCACUGAAAAUCAAUGCCUACGCAGCUAUCUGCACUGUGCUAUCAGGUCUUCUUGGGAUGGUGGCCCACAUGAUGUACACCACAGUAUUUCAGAUGACAGUCAUUGUGGGCCCCAAAGACUGGAGGCCUCAGUCCUGGGACUACGGCUGGUCAUUUGCUCUAGCCUGGGUGUCCUUUAGUUGCUGUAUGGGAGCAGCUGUGGUCACACUCAACUCCUACACAAAGACCAUCAUCGAGCUCCGUCGCAAACAGAGGCUACGACUGGAGGAAGCGAGAGCCGCCAGUCACGCCCCGUCCUAUGAUGAGGUCGUUCCAGGGGGCGGGCUCUACUCUGUCAGCGGCCUAUUGCAGUGUCCAGACGGCAUGAUUGAUGUGGCUUGGGCCCAAAAUGGUAGCGUGGUUGGAAUGGGAAAUGGGGACGUACCAACGCUGGUUUUGGUUGGUGGCUGUGGGCCAGAGGGUUGUGAAGACUGCGAGAGGGAGAUGGACGAGGUCAUGGACCGAGUUGAUUCCCCUUGUUAGGGAGUUGGUGCUUUCAAUCCACUAAAAGUGCUGAAAAACGGAAAAAAGGGACGACACUGUCGCUGUGCUGGAGACAGAUGGAUUCCGAACAGAUCUUGCUUUCCUUUUCUUUGACUUUCAGGAAACGAAAAGACAAUGAAUCAACAUGUAAAGAGGACAUUGUAUUUAUAAGUCACGCUCACAUGCAAGUGUGCAUGUUUUCUGGGAAUUUCUCAGUGCCUCAUGGUAGGAAAGUACAUCUGUCUCUAUAUUUACAUGCAUUUAAAUGUGAAUGUUAUUUUAUCGUUUAUAUAUUAACAAAAUAUCAGGAUGAGAGACAUAAACGUGAUGGAUGUUUUCUUUUUCCCGUUGAUACACAACAGUACAGCCUUUCCUUUACGUGUGUCUUCUGUGUUCUAAUCUAUCAUGUUGAGUGUCACUCUCAACAUGUCUUCUCUCUCUACGACAAACUUUUGACGGAUACAGCAUUUUCGAUUUGGUGCACGAAGACCAAAAGCGGCGACAAAAGCAGUCUCUCUACAGAUGCACAGACAGACCCGUAAGACAGACACAUAGAGAUAGAAAGAUUACAGAGAUUUUGAAAAGUCUGCUCUCUGAUGUUGAACAGAAGAUUAUGUGUAAACCAGUAAUCCCGAGUUGGAUGGGAAGGAGGAGGAACAGAGUGAAGGGAGAUGGAAGGCAUGUGAAGGGAUGG